UGGAGAGAGGGAGGCACUGAAGGAAUAGAGAGAGAGAGAGAGAGAGAGAGGACGCGGAAAGGGCCAAAAAAAGACGAGAAAGAAGAGAGGAGGAAAUAGUAAAUAAAUCAGGACUAUCGUUUAUUUUGUCUACGUAACGUGAAGUUAUCAGUAGAAAACGGACAAGUCAACCGCUUUUUCCAGACGUUUUUACAACACCACGAGGACACAGACGGGAGAACCGCAUGGAAUAUUUUCUCUUUGUACUGAACAGGACACUCUUUGCUUAUAGCUGUAUUUUUAUACGACGAAUUGUCACAGUGGAAAUAAGCCAAUUUUAUAGUCUAUUUUUAAUGGUGAUUUUGAUUUGGAAACCACGAAGUGAACCUAAUGCCAUGCUCUUUUGCAAAGAAGGGAACAAUAGCGUAACAGAGACUUGACUCGGUACAUUUUCUAUCUGCUCCUGUAGAAUCAAUACCGCGUUAACGACCACACAGCACGGAGAACAAUACAAAACAACGCGAAUAAAUUCGCUCUACCAACAGGACUUCCAGGAUCUUCUUCAGCCGACAGACCAUGGCUGCGGUUACCAGCCCAGAGACGAGUCCUCAACCGCGGGUAUAUUUCCAGACGGCAGCUGCCGGUUCCACCGAAGAACCGGAGACCCCUGUUCGGAAGCAAGGGCGAGUAACCGUGAAAUAUGACCGAAAAGAAUUGAGAAAGAGACUGAAUCUGGAGGAAUGGAUAAUCGAUCAGCUAACGGAUCUUUACGACUGUGAGGAAGAGGCUAUACCAGAGUUGGAGAUAGAUGUGGAUGAGCUGCUGGACAUGCCUAGCGAUGAUGACCGAGGAGCCAGAGUUAAAGAUCUCCUGAUAGACUGUUACAAACCUACUGAGGACUUUGUGUCUGAUCUGCUGGAUAAGAUUCGUGGCAUGCAGAAACUCACCACCCCCCAGAAGAAAUAACCUCACCCCUUGAAAUGGCCUUCCCUCAACCUCACCCAAAUGAAGAAAUAGGAGCUUUGCCUCCUCAGAGAUGGCGGGAGGAGGAGGAGGAGGAGAAGAGGGAUGAAGAUAAAGAGAAGAGAGGGUGGAAGAGGAGGAGAGAAGAUUGAAGCAGCCAAUCAGAUCUAAGCGGGGCUCAUGAUGUCCUAUCCUGUGGUUUUAUUUUAAUGUUUUAUUUAGUUGAAUCUUAUUUUUAGUUUUUUUAAAGGGGUUUGUAUUGUUGUUAAAUGAUCAAUGGAUCUGUGCUAUUUCUCAUGUUAAUGUGAUGCCAGUGAACAUACUAUAAUGUGGCUAUACUUUUAGUAGUGGUGAGUUUUAGUCCCAAAUGGUAACUUAUCUUUUAUAGUCCACUACUUCUAACCAGGGCUCUGGUUGUGGACUAGGUGAUAGGGAGCCAUUUUGUCCCUGGCUGUGGACUGGGUGAUUAGGAGCCAUUUUGGGACGUAACCUUUCGAGUUUUAGGACUGACUCCUGUGUAUAAUACAGUGUAUACAUUUAAAUGCCAGUCAUUUAGCCGAUGCUCUCAUCCAGAGCGACUUAGAGGAGCGAUUAGGGUUAAGUGCCUUGCUCAAGGGCACAUCGGCAGAUUUUUUCACCUAGCCGGAUCGGGGAUACAAACCAACAACCUUUCUGUUAUUGGUCCAAUGCUCUUAACCACUAGGAUACCUGCUGCCCUAUACGCAGCUCUGUGUGUGUUUAACGUGUGUGUGGUCUGGAACACACACACACAACACACACACACACACCGGGGGACUUGAACAAAGUGGCCUUGUUUCUUUCUAGCUCUAUAUUUCUCUGUCUUCUUCUUCUCUAAAACAGUUUCUUUUCUCUCACAUAGUGUGCAGUCUAAGGGCUAUUUUCAGUGAGGACUCAUGGAGAGUUUUCAGUAGAGCAGUAAACCAAUGAGGGGUGAGAUGGGAGGAGGGAGUGAAGGCAGGGGGGGCACUGUAGUGGAAAAUGAUGGCUGUCUGGAUGCUUUUAUCCAAAUAGCAACACACACACACGCACACACACACACAGGAAACAGCAGUAACACAGUCACAGACCACAGCUGCUGCUCCUUCAUGCUCACAUGUUAAUAGUGGCUCUCUCUCCAACACACACACACACACACACACACACAUGGGAAGGGGGGGUGAAAAACCUAAUCAUCGAGAGAUAAAUAGAGGGACAGAGAGAGAGAGAGAAUCAAAGGUCUUACCCUUCCUGGCUCACAAGGCCUCAGUGUUGCUUAUCAGCUCUCUAUCUGUCCUCACACACACACACACACAUACACACACACAGACAGACACACACACACACA